AUGAAGAUGCCGAUUCUUCACUCUAUCGUCUGCCUGGUCUGCAGCUUUGUCACCUGUAUCAACAGCUGCAAAGGCAGGCCCGUCUCAGCAUGUCCUGGAGAUGACUGCGUCAUCACUUCGUACCCUUCAUCCAACCCGCUCCGAGUCGAUCUCCCUCUGGGCACCGUGCUCGGUACCAAUGUCGACUACUCGGCACAACGUUUCACUUUGCCGUACGCACAACCGCCGAUCGGUCAGCUGCGUUUCGCGUCACCUCAACCACUCACUUCGUUCAAUGCUUCUGUCUAUGCUGCUACCAAGCUUCCUAGCGCAUGCAUGCAGCAACCUGAUGGACGUUACGACAUCGCAGAUGUCAGCGAAGACUGCCUGUACCUCAACAUCUACCGACCGGCUCCGUCGAGCAUUUCAGGCAACGAGAAGAUGCCGGUGAUGGUGUGGAUCCAUGGCGGAAGCUUCGUUUCGGGUUCGUCGACGGCACCCGGCCUGGAUGGAUCGUGGCUGGCAAGUCAGAACACUGUAAUUGUCGUCACGAUUCAGUAUCGUCUUGGAAUGUUCGGCUUUUUGUCUCCCAGCGCUUUCACGGAUGAGUCGGUAGCGACGCCUUCCGGCGGCAAGGUUCAAGGCAACCAAGGUGGACGUGAUGUAAUCCAAGCGCUUCGGUUCCUGCAGGACAACAUCGGUGCCCUCGGUGGCGACUCGAACAGAAUCACGGUCGCUGGACAGAGCAGCGGUGCCCAUCUCAUUCGUUCACUGCUCAACGCUCCUUCCGCUGCCCCACUCUUCCAGCGAGCAAUUCUCCAUUCGGAUCCGGCCAACUUUGGCACGCAAACCCAAACAACAAGUCAACAUGUAAGCGACUAUGCGCUGGGUCAAACGAGCUGUUCUGAUCUCGGCUGCUUGCGAUCCAUGUCGGCAGGCGAUCUUCUCGAUGCAAGCACAGCCACAGUACAGGCAGGGCAAAGCAUCGAUGCGUCGGUAGCAGUCACUGAGGUGUGGCGUCCCUUCGUCGGCUCCUUCACCGGCUCUUCUUUCGAAGACGACCCGAGUGGAGCGAUGGCUUUUGGGAAGCCGAUAAUCUUCACCAAUGUGGAGAACGAAGCUGGAUCGGCGGUUGGAAGUCUGCUCAUGCCUACGGGAACGGAUGCGCAAAGUGCGCAGAUGCGAGACUAUCCGUUCUCACUGACACGCGAGCAGCUGCUGGGCCAAAUGUUCAACGAUGGACGCGCCAGCACACUCUCCGCAGCAGGUCAGUAUGGCAUGAAUUCAAAUACUUCGGCGUUCCCUUCGCCAGCUCAGAUCCGUCUCUACUCGCAAGCGGACGACAGUCUGCGCCGUAACCUCGAGACCAUCCUCACCCAAGGUAUGUUCACCUGCCCGACUUGGAACAAUGCGCAACGAUACGCAUCUCGAACCGCCGCCUAUGUUGCCAUCUUUGACAGAGGCUUGCAGUAUCCUUCGAACGAAGGCAUCGACUACUGUUCGGAAAAUGGAAGGGUGUGCCACGAGGACGACAUUCGGCUGGUAUUCGUCCAUCCUAGUAAGGUGACAGAUGGAGCGACGCAGAAGGUGAUGAGGGAGGUGCAGGCCAGAUGGAUGGGAUUCGUGAGAAGUGGUAGCCCGAACGCGGGUGGAUAUGGAGGAUGGAGCUCAGUAGACUCGAGUCAGCAGACCGCACAAGUAAUGAGACUUGGUGCGGAUGAUGGCUUCUCUGCCGUGGAUGCCAUCUCGCUGCAGUCGGGUCAGUAUGCGGGAUGUGGGCAGGUGUGGGGAAGUCAGGUGAAAUAUGAUUGGCAGCUGUACGGCUGA